CGAAGAGGAGAAGAGCUCCUGUUAGUUCCAAGUGACUGCUGAGAGUCCUCGCCACUUCCAGCAUUCCAGCAGCACUUCCGCAAGAUGAGAGAGUGCAUCUCGAUCCACAUCGGCCAGGCCGGGAUCCAAGUCGGCAAUGCCUGCUGGGAGCUCUACUGCCUGGAGCACGGCAUCCAACCUGACGGACAGAUGCCCAGCGAUAAGACUGUAGGAGGCGGCGACGAUGCCUUCAACACCUUUUUCAGCGAGACUGGAGCCGGCAAGCACGUCCCGAGAUCCGUGUUCCUGGACCUGGAGCCGACGGUCAUCGAUGAAGUCAGGACUGGAACUUACCGCCAGCUCUUCCACCCGGAGCAGCUCAUCAGCGGCAAGGAAGACGCGGCAAACAACUUCGCCCGCGGUCAUUACACCAUUGGAAAGGAGAUUGUGGACCUGUGCCUGGACCGCGUCCGCAAGCUCGCUGACAACUGCACUGGCCUCCAGGGAUUCCUCGUCUUCAACGCUGUUGGAGGUGGCACUGGCUCCGGCCUCGGCUCUCUUCUGCUGGAGCGCCUGUCCGUCGACUACGGCAAGAAGUCCAAGCUCGCCUUCACUGUCUACCCGUCCCCGCAAGUCUCCACUGCCGUUGUAGAGCCAUACAACAGCGUCCUCUCCACGCAUUCCCUGCUGGAGCACACCGACGUGGCCGUCAUUCUCGACAACGAGGCCAUCUACGACAUCUGCAGGCGCUCGCUCGAUAUCGAAAGGCCCACCUACACCAACCUCAACCGGCUUGUGUCUCAGAUCAUCUCGUCUCUCACGGCUUCGCUGCGCUUCGACGGUGCUCUCAACGUCGAUCUCACGGAGUUCCAGACCAACUUGGUGCCGUACCCGCGUAUCCACUUCAUGCUCUCCUCGUAUGCCCCGGUCAUCUCGGCCGAGAAGGCAUACCACGAGCAGCUGUCCGUCUCGGAGCUCACGUCCACCGCUUUCGAGCCUGCGUCGAUGAUGGCCAAGUGCGAUCCCCGCCACGGCAAGUACAUGGCGUGCUGCCUCAUGUACAGAGGAGACGUCGUGCCCAAGGACGUCAACUCGGCCGUGGGAACCAUCAAGACCAAGAGGACCAUCCAGUUUGUCGACUGGUGCCCCACCGGAUUCAAGUGCGGGAUCAACUAUCAGCCCCCGACUGUAGUUCCUGGAGGUGAUCUUGCCAAGGUCCAGCGGGCUGUCUGUAUGAUCUCCAACUCCACCAGCAUUGCAGAGGUCUUCUCCAGGAUCGACCAUAAGUUCGACCUCAUGUAUGCCAAGCGUGCCUUCGUCCACUGGUACGUCGGCGAGGGGAUGGAGGAAGGAGAGUUCUCGGAAGCCCGAGAAGACUUGGCAGCUCUGGAGAAGGACUACGAGGAAGUUGGCGCCGACUCCACCGAAGGCGAAGGCGAGGACGAAGGUGAAGAGUAUUAACUAGACCAGCUUUCGUUGUAGAGAACCGC